GCACUAAACCUACCCACACCAUAUAAAGAGCUCCCCCACGAAAGAAACUUGAGACUCUCUUGGAUCAAAAAUCCAAUUUCCCCCAGAAAUGGCUAUCCUCGAUGAGACGACUUUCGAAAUGAUAAACCCAUCUCGUUUCACUACCUUCACUUUCCCAAACCCUUGCGACUCCACCACCACCUCACUCCUCCGCGUCGCCGUUCUCGACUCUCCUUUCCAACCCCCCGCCGACCCACCCCGAGUCGCCGCAAUGCUCGUCCCCAAACACCGCCACUCCGACUGGAUAUUCUCCACCCACUCCGGCCAUCUCCACCACCUCCUCAGCUCCCCCGGCAUCUCCCGCCUGAUCCUCAUCGGCGACAGCUCUCACCACUCGCCCCCAAUCUACCGCCGGCCGCUCAAAGACGACGACACGUCGUGUGACGACGAACUCGCGGUGAGCCUGAAACCUCUCUUCCUUGCUUUAUCUCCCAAGUCCUGCUUUAAACACGGCAUUCCUGAGAUACCCAUUUUGAGUUACGAAGAUAAUUUGAUUUCUAGUUUGGUUUUGGAGAAGUGUGUUGGGUGUUUGGUUGGUGAAAUGGUGGUGGAGGAUGUGGAGAUUGACUGUGGUGGUGAGGUUUCGAAGAGGGAGUUCAGGAGGCGUUUGAGAUUUAAAAGAAUGCCCAAUUUGAUUCAGACGGAGGUGCGUAUUGUUCCCAAAAUGGGUUUUGGUUUGGAUUGUGUAGGAAUUGGACAAGUUGAGUUUAGGCUCGAUGAUAGUGUUUUAGUGCACUCUUAUUUGGUUCCUAUGGUGGCAAGUCUUAGCCUGGCUGCUCCUUAUAUUGAGGGUCGGAUUCGAAGUGGGGUAAGGCCAAAAGCUUUGUGUUUAGGAGUUGGGGGUGGGGCUUUGCUUGGUUUCAUGAGAACCCAAUUGGGUUUUCAGGUUGUGGGUGUGGAAGCCGAUGAGGAGGUGCUAAGUGUUUCUAGGCGGUAUUUUGGGCUGGAAGAUGGUGAGCACAUCAAAGUUUGUGUUGGAGAUGCAUUGGAAUUUAUAGAGAAACUUGCUGGUGCCUGCGAGGUAGAGGUUGGCUGUGACGUGGGCAGAGGCAAUGAUGUUAAUACUAAGUUUGAUGUGAUUUUGGUUGAUUUGGAUUCAAGUGAUGCUAGGGAUGGUCUAAUUGCUCCGCCAUUGGAGUUUGUUAGGAAGCCUGUCCUUUUGUCAGCCAGAUCAAUUCUCUGUGAUAAUGGAAUCCUAGCUAUAAAUGUGAUUCCUCCAAAUACAUCAUUUUACAAGACAUUGGUCCAUGAGUUUCGAGAUGUUUUUAAUGACUUGUACGAAAUAGAUGUGGGAAAUGGGGAAAAUUUUAUUCUUAUUGCUGUGGCAUCGCCUCUCAUGCCUUCUAGUGAUUGUGAGAACUGUUUCCUCACCAAACUAGGAAACGCUAUAUCGGGGGCAUACUUGAAUUCCAUAAAGAAGAUCUAAGCUCUAAUCCUAUAUUUGUUAAAGGGAAUAGCUAUGGGGUGGGGAAGACGUAGAAGGAACCAUUCUUUGUAAUGUUAUGAAGGUAAGGAAAGGAGGAGGGAUGCACAGUUGAGAUACUUGUAAUAAUUCUACCUUCAAGCCCCAAACUUCAAUUAAUCCACUACUACAUGGAUUGGAGGAGAGAAGAUGAGAGAGUAGAAAAACUCUUUACAGCGCUAAUUCUUGUUCUCUCUUUAACUUCCCCUCCAAGUUUCCAUUUCUAUCCAAAAUACCAUAGAGAUAGAGGAAUUAAAUGGUGGAUAUUGUGUUUAGAGUGAAACAUGUCCAAACAGUUUGCUUGGGAGUAUAAACUGCAAGUGGUCUCCUGAGAAGAAACCAACACUAGGUGACUGAUUGAUUGGAAUAGGAUGCUGGACAGGUCUUUUGGCAAAAUAGAUAAAUAAGUGAGUAGCAAUGAGCCAGGAAGAUUUGGACAGUAGCAUUGGUCAGGAAGAUUUGGACAGUAGCAUUGGUGGCUUUAUUGAAUGUGGAGCUGGCCAAGUAAAUGGACUAUGUUUGCAUUGUCAAGUGGCCAGAAGAUAAGAGGCUGAUGGAAAAUUGGAUGAAGAGUUCAGUGGUUAUGAGGCUGCAACAAUGAUUUGGGCAGCAGCACAGUUACUGACAUUGAAUGUGGAGGCAGUCACGGACUGAUAGCAGAGUGGGAAUUAGGGAGUAAGGAAGGACAGGACUCAUUUUCUCCUUCUGUAAAGGUCACAAGAAAGAGAACUUAGUAAGAUGGGAUUUGGUGGCUAGAGGAGAGAGGAGGCACGAGCAAUUUGACUGGGUAAUAUAGCACUUCCUAGGAGAUAUCCUUGGGAGAUAUAUUCCUUGUGGCAUUUUGUGAUCAGCAGCAUGGGACUGCUGAGAAUGGAUGGGCUAAGCCACUGUAUAAGACAAUCUCUCAUCCUCGUUAGAGUGCUGCAAAUUUGUAUUGGGGAAUGAGGAGAAGAUGAGAUUUGGGGAAGUGGGUGGAGGAGUCGUCUAUGCAGCUGCUGUCUCGCAGAUUAUGUUUCACCUGUGCCUAUUUAAGACAGUGGUUUGGGUGUUACAUGUACGCACCUUUAAUAUUUGAAAGAUAUCAUUUUGGUCAGAAUCUCAUUAUAUGACGUUUCAGUGUUCUUAAAUUGAAACUGAUUGUAAAUUAAGUUUGAUGAAAUAAAUUGUUGUUCUUCUAGAAGAAAAAGUAAAAAAGAGUUGCAAUCACGCCUGUCAAUUUUUCUUUGUAGUCAAACUAGGAGAAUUUUUUAUAAUGCGCUCAAUUUUUCAAAUUUAAGUUCGAGA